CCAGUUUAAAACAUGUGCUUGUGUGAGGUGUGAUAAAGAGAGAGAUUGAACAAGAUGGCAUACCACAACUACAACCGCGUUUCAGGAGAGCCAAUAAUCGAGUACUCAAGAGAAAGUCCAGUGUUAGGUGGGUUGGGGCACCACCACCACAGUGAUCAUCGUGGCUUCAACGAGAAGAUUGUCUAUGAGGAUGUGAUUGGUGGUUCCAACCACCACCACGGGCACAGGCAUCACCCUUCAGAGAUUGAGAGGGUUAAGGUGGUUGAGUACGAUAAUGUACCUGAGAAGCGUGUCGUCUACGAAGAGACUACGUUUGAUUAUGGAACCAACCCAUGCUACUCUAGGCCAGGCUACUACUGAAUUAAUGUAUAAUUCCACAAAUGCAACUGCAUGUGGCUAUUGUUAGGCAGGUUAUGUCAAAAGCACCACUCUGCUAGCUGUGCUUGUAUUAAAUAAAUUACUGCUUGGCCAGCCAUCAUGUUAUGAAUCAUGUAUCACUUUUAAAUAAAGCUAUGUUAAUGUAUCUA